AUGGCCGUCCUUCCUAUCAACGGCGACGCCGAGUGGAACGCGCAGAUGCAGCGCGCAGGCGGGAAGCUCGUGGUCGUGGACUUCUCGGCCGUCUGGUGCGGUCCGUGCCAGCACAUCAAGCCCGUGUACCACGCGCUGAGCAGCGAGUACCAGGACGUGGUGUUCUUGGAGGUGGACGAGGCGCAGAACCGCGCGCUGAUUGGCGCGUUGAGCGUACGGGGGUUCCCGACGUUUCACUUUUAUUUGAGCCAGAGCAAAGUCGAUGAACUUGUGGGCGCCGACCCGACUCAGUUACGAGCCAAGAUCGAGCAGUGGCGACAGUCGGCGUUCAAUCCGUUCGCUUCGCCUGGAGUGACCUUGGGCUCGAGUACUGGAUCUGGAUCAGUGGCCGGUGCUGCCGGAGGCGCUGCCCGAUCUGCUGCAGAACAAGCUCGAGAAGCUCGACUUAAGAAGUUCAACGACGUGAGUCUUGUGCCGACUGUGAUGACGCCAGCUGCGGCUGCUCCUGCUGUGGUGAAACCUGUGCCGGUGUCUGGUGGGGUGUGUGAUUUGAGUACCGGUGUCUGUUGUUCGACUAGUGAUGAUGCUGCCGAUGAGAAGAUGGAGCAAGGAGGAGAAGCGAUGGGACUUCCGUUUGUGGACGAGGGAUUGUUGACGCAGCUGAAGGAGAUGGGGUUCGAUGAGCUCCGCUCAAGCAAAGCUCUCGUUGCAACGGAGAAUGAGGGACUUGAAGAGGCGAUCAAUUGGUUGGGGGAUCAUCAGGACGAUGCAGAUAUUGACGAGCCGAUGAAGGUUGUCGAUUUGUCCAAGACAGUGCCGAAACGGGAGCUGACAAGUGAGGAGAAGGCUGCGAAAGUUGAGGAGUUGAAGGCACGUAUUGCGAGAAAGCGUGCCGAGCGUGAGGAACUGGAAAAAGAAGAGGAGCGUGCGAAGGAGUUGAAGCGUCGUACAGAAGGACAAGGCAUGCAGGAAGCCCGUGACGAGAUUGAAGCGAUUCAGCGGAAAAUUGCUGCUGAAAAAAUGAAGAAGGACAAGGAAGACGCAAAGCGCGAGCGGGAGCGCCUUCGUCGGCAGAUUGAGAUGGACAAGCGCGAGCGUCACGCUCGUGGCGGCCGGCUGGGUGGCCCUCCUAUUGACGUGGCACCCGUUGGUCCUGCGAAAACUGUAGAGAAGGAGGAAGAGACGAAGAAGGCCCCCAAACUGACACCCAAAGAGCAGAUUGUGAAAAACGUGGGCAUUCUGAAGAAGUACCGUGUGGGAAACGACGGACUCACAGCUCUUAAAACGCUGAACGUGUAUGUGAAGAACCUGGUUGAAAAGCCAAGUGAGGAGAAGUUCCGCACAAUUAACCUCGAAAAUCCGGCGUUUCGGAAGCGUGUGGCUAGCCUUGUUGGAGGCGUGGCACUCUUGAAGAGCCUUGGCUAUGAAAAGGAUGACGCUGAUGGCAAUCUUAAGCUCUCGGUAGAAAAGCGUGACGUGGAGUUGCUGCAAUAUGCUCGCAUUCAACUUGAGGGCGCCAUUGCUGAGCUGUCGAACUGA